CGAUAAGUCGAAUGUCGAUUUUAGAUCCUUCAUGAUUUUAUUUUUUGUAAAAUCAUUAUCUUUGCGAAAAACAGUUUUGCCCGGAUUGUCCUGUUUUCCAAUCAUCCAAUCAAGGAACAAUAGCAGCGUGUAAUGGCCGACAACGACGAAUUGAUCGCUCAAUUCAUUGCAAUUACUGGCUGUGAAGAGAGUGAAGCACAAUUCUUUCUUUCGAGAAGCAGUUCAUUGGAGGGAGCUUUGUCAAAAUUUUUGGCCCAUAAUCAGGGAGAGGGCGAUGGCGACAACUCUGAAACUUCGGCACCUGCCAAUGAAGCCUCCAAGUCGGGAGCAGGCUCCUCUUCAGGCAGUGAUUCAUUUGGAAGACAGAAUACCAAGCCUAAGUUUGCAACUUUAGGUGACAUGUCCAAACGCACCAGCGCACAAAAUGACGAUGAGGAAGGGCAAGCUUUUUAUGCCGGCGGUUCUGACCGAUCCGGUCAACAAGUACUUGGGCCCCCAAAACGGAAGAAUUUCCGUGAGCAAUUAACCGACAUGUUUCGCAUGGCCCAAGAAAGUGGUGCAAAUAUGGAAAAUCCGGCACCAAGCACGUCCUCUGCUGUAAGUUGGGGUCAGGGCAUUCGUCUGGGUAUGACCGAUAAUGACCAUUCGGUGGUUACGCCCGCCAACAAAGACGGAGAAACCAAAACAAAGCCUGUGGUAGUAUUGAAACUGUGGAGUCAAGGAUUCUCCAUUGAUGAUGGGGAGCUACGUUUAUAUGAUGAUCCCCAAAACAAAGAAUUUUUGGAAACCGUCAUGAGGGGGGAAAUACCAAAUGAGCUAUUAGAAAUGGGUUGGCUGGUGAAUGUUGAUGUGGAAGAUCAUCGACAUGAGGAUUACAAGAAGAAACCUACAACUGUAAAAACAUUCAAGGGGGCAGGACAUUCUUUGGGAAGUCCAACGCCCAACGUUACUGAAGAUACUGCAGCCGCCUCAACCUCAAGCUCAGAUGCAAAGCCAAACGACGAAGCAGCCAAGGAUAAACUUAAAGUGGACACCUCAGCACCAGUCACUACGAUUCAAGUACGACUGGCUGAUGGCACUCGUUUAGCGGCUCAGUUUAAUUUAACACACACUGUGUCUGACAUACAGGAUUACAUACAAACAGCUCGUCCAGAAUACGGGAACCGUAAUUUUAUUCUGGUUUCUUCGUUCCCCACUAGAGAACUUACCGAUUUGUCAGCAUCAAUUGAUUCUGCUGGUUUGAAGAACGCGGCACUAAUGCAGAGAUUGAAAUAAAUCUCUCAUUCUCUUGGUGAAAAGCAAACCAAAAAUUUGAAGCCAACUACUUUCGACAAAUGCACGUAUUGUUUAAAGGAAAGGAUUUUCACCAACCAAACGAAUUCCAUCUCCACAAAUUUUUAUAUGAAAUUUUAGUGUAUGCAUUACUAACUUAGGUUUAUUUUCUUUCUGUUAAAUUCAAGAAAAAAAAAUGCUUUAAAACUCAGA